GGGAGUGGAUAAGAACUGGGAUUGGUCAGGAUAGAGUCACAAGACUUGGCUGAAAAAACUACAGUACACUGUUGAGGUCCUCACAAUCUGAGUCUGCGCUUCGCGAAAAUGAGUGAAUCAUUGGUUGUGUGUGAUGUUGAUGAGGAUCUGGUGAAAAAAUUGCGGGAGUUUCGCUUCCGAAAGGAGACCAACAAUGCCGCCAUUAUCAUGAAGAUUGACAAGGAUCGACAGCUGGUAAUCCUUGAUGAGGAACAUGAGGACAUCACUCCUGAUGACUUGAAGGAUGAACUCCCAGAAAGACAACCAAGGUUUGUGGUCUACAGCUAUAAGUAUGUGCACGAUGAUGGGCGAGUGUCCUACCCUCUCUGCUUCAUCUUCUCAAGUCCUGUUGGUUGCAAACCAGAGCAACAAAUGAUGUAUGCUGGGAGCAAAAACAAACUGGUUCAAACUGUAGAAUUAACUAAGGUGUUUGAGAUCAGGAACACCGAGGACUUGACUGAGGAGUGGCUGAGGGAGAAGCUGGGAUUUUUUCGCUAGCCUGCUCCUGUCCCGCCACGGCAUCGGAAGAGCGGACGAGUGAGGGCGAUGCACGUUACUAAAGGGGAGAACAAAUCCUAAUCCAUUUUUACCACAGUUAACUAUCUGCUCUGUCUUAAUGCAGUCUCCUGCACCCUACCCCACCCCUCUAAAGUCUUAACUUUCACCAACCCAAUGUAAACCUUAUACAUGAGCACCCAGGACCCAGCAUGGAGUUGAAGAGCACUUUAGAAAAAGAGCGCUCUUGUCCCACACAAAACUAACUCAUGACAUGUUUGUGAUUGUCUAGCAUUGAUCCAACACUGUCAUUUACCUCACUACGACACACCAUUAAGUCAUUUGACAGUUCUAUCCAACACACUAAUCUGGAAAAGGUUUGCUAGCUUGAUUAUAUGGACCCAUGUUCGAAAUACAGAAAUGCAGUUAAAAGGUAUAUACACUACAGAUAAACCUGGAUAGAUGAUCUAGGUUAUUUUGUUUUUAAUUUGUAUUUGGAAAGGGGCAUUGGGAUUUUUUUGUGGUAUGUCUGACCAAUGAGGGGUGAAACGCUAACCACACUACCUGCUGUUGCAGAUAAUGUGAUGUUGGUUAUGGGCUCUUUGUAGAUCUCAGCCAGUAUUUCCCGUUGUAAUACAAUGUUUGUUCUAAAUGGACUACAACUGUGACCAAAUAUUUGUCCAUCCUUUUUUUUUUUAAUUUUUUUUUUUAUAUUGUUCGAGGGGCUCACCAAUGUUUACUACAUCCAUGUAAGUAGGUUGAGCUUGAGGAAAAAGAAGGGGAGAACAAAAGCAACAUUUGGGAGAGCAUUUAGGAGUGUCUAUAAUGUGACCAUGUUUAGAUGUAACACACUUGAUGUCCAGCAAGCCGGUCUGUAUUCUGUUCUCCAAACUACUUUUCAAGCAUAGAGCUGUGAAAACUAGAGUUGCUUACUCACUCCGUUGUGCAUUGUGGGUGCAUCUGUCUGGGAUGGCCACUAUAUUUUUUCAUCUCGCUCUAUUUGAAGAGGUCAGUAUGUAUUUAACGUACUCAUUUGUAACUCAUUCAUAUUUUCUCUCUUACUAAACAACUGUGAGGCUGAGAGUAAUAAAAAAGGAAUGUCUCACAAUAA